AUGUGUUACACUAAAUACUAACUUUGAUUAGGAAAGGAAAGCGAGGACUACAGUGUUGAUACAGUUAGGACUUUUGAGUUGUGUUCGGUGGUACCUCAGUCGGAUAACUAAUAUAACGACAGUUUAAUGGUACAUUCACUGAUUCAGCUAGUUAGCGCUCCACGGAGUCUUCAGACUUCACAUCCUAUAGUAUAGAUCAUCAUAAUCAUUCAGUCAGUCGAUUAGUCAAGUUCAUUUUUACCUCAGAGUAAUACCUGGAACUAGCUGACAACACGAGAUUGACUUGAAGGCAGUAAUGGGGCGCCAUGAAACUCGUGUGGAGUCCUCAGAAAGGACCAAGAGCAGAGAGGGGAGGGAGAAAAAACGGGAAAAGAAGAGGCGGAGAAGUUCUUCCUCGAGUUCCUCCUCUACCACCUCCAGCAGCAGCGUGAGCUCACCUUCCCCAAAGAAACAUCCCCGGAGCUCCAGCAAGAGCCAAGAUAAGAACCAGGAGAAGAAAAAACCUAAAAGAAAGAGGACCUCUUCCUCAUCCUCAUCUUCAGGCUCAUCUUCCAGCUCCUCAUCAGAGUCAACUGAUGAAGAAACCAAGAAGAAAAGGAAAAUGAGGAAGGCCAAGAAAAAGCUGAAGAAAAUGAAGGCCCGGGAGAAAAAAAAGGCAAAGAAGGCAAGACAGAAAGAGAAAAAGAAGAUGAAGAAGUUGAGGAGGAUGUCAGAGAAGGGAGGAGAUGCUGGAAUUUCCCAGGCCUCAUCCUCCCAGGUUCCAUCUGAAAAGCCUCCUUCUUUUCUGGAAACGUGGCAAGCUGAGGGGUCAGCAGAGCACGGGCCAGUAAUGACUGAUGAACAGAAGGCCCGGCUCUCCACCAGGCGGCCCCUGACCAAAGAGGAAUGGGAGGCCCAGCAAAGCAUCAUCCGCAGGGUGGUCGACCCUGAAACAGGACGCACGAGGCUGGUGAGGGGAGAGGGGGAGAUCCUGGAAGAGAUAGUCAGCCGUGAGAAGCACAAAGACAUCAACAAGCAAGCUACCAAGGGUGAUGGAAGCACCUUCCAAAAGCGGCUGGGACUCAACCAUUAGACCCACUCCUUGAGGAUCCCCUGACCCAAUAAGUUUUCUUAUGUGUUUUCAUUGUAUACUUUCAAAACAGCCAUUUUAUUUCUGUGGUGUCCUGCAGUUAAUUAAUCACAUGCUACCCAAUAGAGAAGUUUGUCAUUGUGUAUUUAACACACAUCUUGUUUCUUUUCUUUCUUAAAGUAAUAUUUUUAUUUGUCCAUGGAGAUAUUUUUAUCCCUUUUAAGCACAUGGAUGGAAUACGGUUUUUCUUUAAAUAUGAAGAAAAGCCUGCAGUCCAGAGUUCUUUCUCAGUUGUUAAUAUUUAUUUAUACACUGUACAUAAAACACGAAACAAUAGAAUAGCUGUCCAAUUUUCUUUUUAAUCCACAUUGCCUACAAUGGUACUGUACACAAAGCACACUCAGGUUUUGAAACAUUGCACUAACAGCCAGGAAAGAAGAAAUGUAUAGGUGGGAAGUGGCCUCUCACACAUACAUAUAUGGGUCCAACAGAACAAAACAUCAUUUUUACACAUUUGAAAUAAUUUUUUUAAAGAAGCAGAUUGAGAGUGGAAACAACAGACUUGUCCUUCUAGAU